UCCCGAGCAGAAAGCGGGGCAGGAUCGCGGGCACUGCACGAACCGAGGGGCGGAUUUCGCGCGGCUGUGUUUUUCAAUGCGAAACGGAGGAAACACGCCGAAACCUUCACCACCACCGAGGCGCCUUUUCUGCUCGUCGUUUUCGCACCUUGGUCUUCAGCGAACGUUCGGGAAGCACAGCGCGCGCGGUGUGCGGUCUUGUUGUUUUGGUUCGAGAAACAAAAGCGGAAAAAAAAGACGGGGAAAGGUGUUUGUACGGGACUCAAGACGGCGCGGCAUGAACGCCCGCUCACCGGCCCUGUUUUGGGUGAGACGGGAGCGCUCGGUUUAACCGCGACAUGCACCGAUAAACAAAGAGGCGGCUACUUUCGUGUCCGUUAACUCGCCCUCAGAUUGAACUCUUAAAAAAGACGGACCGAGGGAUACGGCUACGGUGGUAGCGGCUCGGUCUCUGGAGCUGGUGUGUGUGUAAGAACAUUAAAAAAAAGAAAUCCACGAUGAUGCCCUCGCUUGCCGUCCGGAUCCUUGUUCUCGGCUUGUGCGUGCGCGGCGCCGCGGCUCAGGCAGCGUCCACUCCGGCCGUGUGCGCGCCCGCGUGCCGCUGCGACGGAGACGGAGGCGCUGACUGCUCCGGGAGAGGACUGAGCUCCGUGCCCAGCGGCCUCAGCGCCUUCACCUACUACCUUGACCUCAGCAUGAACAACAUCACAGAGCUGCCUGCGAACGUAUUCAAGAACCUGCCGUACCUGGAGGAACUGAGAUUAGCGGGUAACGAUCUUACUUUCAUCCACCCUGAAGCUCUGUCUGGACUCCACCAGCUCAAAGUUCUCAUGCUUCAGAAUAACCAGCUGAAGACGGUUCCCAGUGCUGCUCUGAAAAACCUUCAUGCUCUGCAGUCUCUGCGCUUGGAUGCCAACCACAUCACAGUGGUGCCCGAGGACAGUUUCCAGGGCUUGCAGCAGCUCAGACACCUGUGGCUGGAUGAUAACAGUCUGACCGAGGUUCCAGUCGUUCCUCUGCAGCAUCAGGGGAACCUGCAGGCGCUCACGCUGGCUCUCAACCGCAUCGGCCACAUCCCGGACAGCGCCUUCGCUAACCUCUCCAGCCUGGUGGUGCUGCAUCUGCACAAUAACAGGAUUGAGGAGAUUGGGAAGAACUGUUUCAGUGGCCUGGAUAACUUAGAAACACUAGAUCUGAACUACAACAACCUCAAAACCUUCCCCGAAGCCAUCCAGACUCUCCCCAAGCUGAAAGAGCUUGGCUUUCACAGUAAUAACAUUGCCGUCAUACCUGAAGGAGCUUUUUAUAAGAAUCCACUGCUACGCACCAUUCAUCUCUAUGACAACCCUCUCUCCUUCGUGGGAAGGUCGGCUUUCCAGAACCUAUCAGACCUGCACUCACUGAUGCUGCGUGGUGCUAAUAUGAUGCAGGACUUCCCCAGUCUGCGUGGAACAGGGAAUCUCGAGAGCCUCACCCUGACAGGCACCAAGAUCAGAGCCGUACCUGCAGAUCUGUGUGAGGAUCUCUCAGUUCUCCGGACUUUAGAUCUUUCCUACAACGAGAUUGAAGAGCUGCCUUCCUUUCAGGGUUGUGUGAGUCUUCAGGACAUAACCCUGCAGCAGAACCGCAUCCAGCAGAUCGAGCGCGACACCUUCCUCGGCCUGACUAACCUCCGAGUCCUAGACCUGAGCAGAAACGAGCUGAAGUUCAUCCACCCAGACGCCUUCCACUCUCUCAGCGCUCUGACCAGCCUGGAUCUGAGCACCAAUCUUCUAGCCAGUGUCCCCACAACCGGACUGAAUGCUCUGAACCAGCUCAAGCUGACAGGCAACAUGAACAUGAGAAGUAGCCUGAGUGCUGUCGGCCUCCCAAAGCUCAGGUCUAUAUCAGUGCCGUAUGCAUAUCAAUGCUGUGCUUUCAUUGCCUGUGAUGGCACACUGAGCUCCCCGGAAAGAGAGGACAGGAGGAAAGGCAUUGAUGAAGAGAUGGAGAGGCCAGCCCUGCUCAUGCAUUGUUCUCCUUCCCCAGGUGCGUUUAAGCCGUGCGCCCACCUGCUUGGCAGCUGGAUGAUUCGACUGACCAUAUGGUUCAUCUGCCUGGUGGCUCUCCUGUUUAACUGCCUCGUCCUGGCUGCAACACUUUCUCCACGCAGCUGCCCGCUCUCACCCACCCGCCUGCUCGUGAGCAUCCUGGCAGCGUCCAACCUGCUGACAGGUUUCUACGUGACUGCACUGGUAGUACUGGAUGCUGCCACCUGGGGUUCCUUCGCAUCCUAUGGCGUUUGGUGGGAGACGAGUGUCGGGUGCCAGGCGCUCAGUGUGCUGGCUGUGUUCUCGUCUGAGUGGGCCGUCUUAGUGUUGCCUCUGGCUGCUGUGGAGCGCAGCCUGGCUGUCCGGGCGCUGAUGGGUAAAGCGGGAGCACUGAGGAGCUGUGACAGGAGGGGUCAGAGAAGGAAGUUUGGACUGGCUGCAGGACUUCUGGGUGUACUGGCAGCUGGGGUGGCAUUUUUAAGCCUGUAUCAAGGAGCAGUAGAGGGUUCUCCACUGUGCCUGCCCUUCUCUGGAGGUUUGGCACCUGGGCUGGGUGUGACGGUGGCGCUGGUGUUGCUGAACACACUUGCAUACCUGUUGAGUGCCGUGAUAUACACAAAGCUCUACUGCGGUCUGGGCCGGGCACAGCUUGCCGAUCCAGAGCAGGCAGGUUCUGUGAGACACGUUGCAUGGCUAAUUUUUACCAACUGCAUUUUCUUCUGCCCUGUUGCAGCCUUCUCCUUCGCCCCACUGUUGACCGGAACAGGCACUGCAGCCGGAAGCCCGGAUAUGGCAAAAUCAGUCACAUUGAUCUUCUUUCCUCUGUCUGCUUGCCUCAACCCGGUGCUGUACGUCUGCUUCAGCCCUGCUUUCCGGCAUGACUGGCUCCGCCUGAGGGGGCGAAUCAGACUCGGGAGAGGUGGGAAAGCUAUCGGGACCGAUUCAGGGGGCAUCAGCGGAACGGGUGAAGGCGGAGUUUCAAGUGAACUAGGCUACGAAUGUGGCAUGUGCGAACGCUGCGAGGCAGCUCUUCUAGCCAGAGCAUCUUCAUCAUCUGCCUCAUCAUCGUCCUCCUCCUCUUGCACUUGCAGACAUUUAGUGAAGUGGCACAGUUGCCCGGCGCUAACAGCGGGCGAGGUUCCGUGCUCGCGUUCCGACGGUGACUGGGCCGACUGCGGCACACUUUCAGCGCACUCAGAAUACGCAGACGAAGGAGAUUCGUUUGUAUCGGACAGCUCGGAGCAGGCACAAGCAUGCGGACGCGCCUGUUUCUGCCAGAGUCGUGGCUUACCUUUAGUGCAUUACUCUUACAACGUGCCCAGCAUUAAAGACUGAGAAUGAGUCACUGCACACACACACACACACUCACACACUCGCACUUUCACACUUUCGCUCAUUCACUACAGAGUGUCUGCUCACAUGGCACACACACACAAGCACAUUAGGCAGGGAACACUGGCCGAUUUGAGACACGCCCUGGAGCCCGAGACAUUCGACUGGUCAGGAAGCACUUUUCUUUUUUUUUUUCAAACAAAUCAGUGUGUGUGUGUGUGCGCACACAUGUGAAGCGAUGCUGACGCCUCGUCAGUAACUAAAAAGGGAAACUGACAAUACGGAAAAGACUCACUGAGCCAAAUGUCAGCAGGACUUGAUUUGCUUUCUGUUUUUUUCUUCAUGUCUGCAUGGCUGCAGUGAGCUGUCUGACUUCCCUAAUCCUUAAAGAACACAAAGCCGAGUGCUACUGCCCGCCCCUCACUCUUCGACAGAACUUCAGUUUGCAAAGAUUUUUGUUAAGCAGGGAUAAAUGUCUGCAAGCUGAGAAUAUUUUUCUUUUUUGUCAUGAUUUUGUUCUUCACUGUUGGCAUUCCUUGUUCUAUUGACCUCAGCGUGUGACGGAAGUGUGGGAUCUUUUUCCCAUGUAGCUGCAUUCAUGUACGUGUUUGUCAUGGAGAAUGUAACAUAACAGAAACAUUUGAAGAGUGAGUCUAUUUUUACUGCCUCUUUUCUUGGAAAUUCUGCUAAUAUUUAGCACUGGCCAGCCGCCAUUCCCUCACACUGUUCAGUCCAUCUUGUGCUUCGACGGAGCCUUCGGGGUGAAAUAGCGUUUCGAAGGCACAAAAGAUCGGACGUCAAAUCCAGUUCUGUUCGUCGCUCUCUCUCUCUCUCUCUCUCUCUCUCUCUCUCUCUCUCGGCUGUAGCAGACGUCGUUUUUGACAUUAGCAAUGGCUUUAUCCUACACAUAGUGCCCUAAUUUAUAAACAUGAAAUGUAUGUAAAAUUGUCUCAAUUAUAGUGAUGUAAAUAAUUCAGAGGUUAUGGUACUGUAUACGACACACAAUUGGACCUGUUCCUGUUUUAGCAUUCUCUCAUCAUGUAGAUGGAAACUCAGGCCCUGAUUUACUGAAAGGAUAAAAAUCACAUUUAUAUGUCUGGUAAAUAUGGAAUAUAAAAUCAAAAUAUUUUGUACCGGGGGUGCGCUGCAAUCGGAAAAUAAUCCGAUUCUUUAUCAAUAAUGCAUGCCUAGAAGUGUUUUAUUCCUCAGAUCCAUAUCAUCAGUUUAUUUAAAAUCGUUUAUUCAUGUCAUCAUUUGAACCAAUUUUAGUUAUUUUAAAUACUGUGGAACAUCCAUGAGACAUCCUGAUUGUCUGUUAUCACACAUGUUAUAGCAGCUAGAAACAGUCACCAGCAUCUCUGUUGAUGUCAAUAAGGCAAGAAAACACAGCUUGUGCUCCGACACACUGAAGAAUCCUGCCAUAAAUGUAAAAAAAAAAAAACACAUCUGGGUACAGAAAACUGCACUAUAAGCGUGAUCUACAGGUUUGUCAGUGUGAACAUGGCCUCCAUAGAGAAUUUAUUUUAAAAGAAUCAUUAUUUUACAAAAGCACAUCCUUUCAUUUUUAUUAUUGAUAACCACAGCAUCGACUUUUUCAUAUUGCAUUUCAUCCCUGUAAUGUUUCUAACCGUGGACUCCAUGUUUCAGAGCAUGAUCGUUAAAUGACGCGACACUUCCGGAUUUUUAUACUGGCAUCAUUACAAUAAUCUUAUAAACACCAUAUUUACUUCCACCGCUUACAUGUCCAAAGAGCAAACAA